AUGGAAGACAAAGACUAUUGCUCCCUGGUCCCUCUCCCCACUCCAACCCGCCCUGUCGCAUGCCUGCUCUGCCAGCCCAGAGCGUCCCCUUUCCUUCUCCAUCUCUCCCAGUUCUAUAAGAAUGAGUAUGGGUCCUACCACGCAGAACUCUGCUUCCUGUCUUGGUUCCAUGAUACGAAGCUGUCUUCCGAUGAGUAUUACCACGUCACCUGGUUCCUGUCCUGGAGCCCCUGCGCCGCCUGUGCAGAGAAGAUAGCCAACUUCCUGAGGACACACCUGAACGUGAAGCUAAGUAUCUUCACUUCCCGCCUCUAUUACUACUGGCACCCAGCAUUCCGUCAGGGGCUUCAGAAACUGCACGACUUAGGGACCCGGAUGGAAAUCAUGUCCUACCGAGAGUUUAACAGCUGCUGGGAAAACUUUGUGUUCAACCGGCAAAUGCGUUUCAGGUGUUGGAGGCGAGUGCAUAAAAAUUACAGAUUUCUGUCCAGACAGCUUAAUAAAAUCCUCAGCCACUGAUGUGGUGUCGAGCAAGAGGCGAUAACUUCGGAGUCCCAAGGAGAACGGAGGAGUUUGUUCUGCAGAAGAAAACAAUGUCUCCAAGAUAGCUGCAACCAGCUGCUGACGCCCAGGAGUCUGAUACCAAACGUUAUCUAAGACUGAAGAAACAGACUCCUCUCUCUGGAUUCUCCGAGACUCCCCCUUCCCUACUCCCUAGCUGCAUAAAAAUUCCCUACUUUAGCUUUUGGGGGAAGAGUGGAGAGAUCUUGUUCUUUCAUCCUCUCUCUUUGGCCGAGUCCAGUAAACCUUUUUGUAUCUCUAAGCACCAGUGUCGCAGUGUUUUGGUUUAUGAGUGCAUUGGGCACACGACAGGAGUUUUGGAAGGUGAUUCAGUCACAACUCCACAGACUGGGUGACUCUAAAACUGACAUUUUACCCUCACAGUUCUGGAGGCUGAAAGUCCAGGAUCAAAGUGUCGGCAGGCUGGUUUCUCCCGAGGCCUUUCUCCUUGGACUGCAGAUGGCCACCUUCUCGCUCUGUCCUCACGUGGUCUUUCCUCUGUGUGUCCUCUGUGUGUCCCAACUUCCUCUUCUUGUAAAGACAGCAGUCAGAUUGGAUCAGGGCCCACCCUAAGUGCCUCAUUUAAACAUAAUCACCUGUAUAAAGGCCCUGUCUGAAAUACAGUCACAUUCUGAGGACCUGGGGGUUAGGACUUCUACAUACCAAUUUGGAGGGGGGGGGGGACACAGUGCAGCCCAUACAAUGACCAAGGACCUUUCUGAGCUGAGUGGGUGUGGCAAGAGCAAGAUUCUUGUCCUAUGUGUCUGUUUCCCAGGUUAUCCCAGACCUGACCUUGACUCACCUGCUUCCAUUCCAGACCUUGCUGCCCCAGGAGCCCCCCUACCC